AUGAUGGAAGCAGAUGAAUCUUUCGACACCGACUUAGAGGGAGACAUCGUUUUCGAAGAACUUGAGAUCGCCGAGGGAAAUGACGAGGUUGAGAAUUCAGGACAGUCAGUUCAGGAUAUUUACCUCGAGGCAUGUAAGAAAAAUGAAGUUUUUCCCUCAUCAAGAUUCUUGAAACAAUGCUUAAGUGAAAGCGUCGAUCUGAGCCAUUACGGCCUCGGAAAUCCUGGCACAAGAGCCGUUUGCACAGCUUUGGAAAAAUGCUCAAAUGUAAUAAACUUACAACUUCAAGACAAUGGCAUUAAUGACAAGGGAAUCGUGUCAAUCGCAAAGAUGCUGAAAAGAAAUGUUCAUAUAGUCAGGGUAGAUCUGUUGGGCAACCAUAUUGGCAAAGGAGGUACUGAUGAACUAGGGGAUAUGCUACUACAGAACAACACCCUGAAAGAAUUAAACCUUAGCAACUGCAGUUUGCAAGGGAAAAACUUCGUUGUUUUUUGUAAUUCAAUUAGGUUAGAUGCCCCGUUGACAUAUUUGAAUUUGUCAUACAACGACCUUGGUGACAAAGGGGCGUCGUUGCUUGGGUCGGCCAUAAAGUGGAACACAGUCCUAGUCACUCUGGACAUCAGUUGGAACAGCAUUCGGGUCGAAGGGGCUCGGGUCUUGGCUGAGGGAUUAAAAAUGAAUACUUGCCUCAGAGAGAUGAAUAUUAGCUGGAAUGGCCUUCUUGAUAAUGGCAUUGCAUCUAUGCAAGAUACAUUGUCGUGCAACCAGACGCUCAAGGUCCUGGACAUCAGCAGUAAUUGCAUCUCCAAUAAAGGCGUUGCUUCCAUUGCGAAGUUUUUGAGGACGAACAAAUGCUUAGAAAUGUUGAAAACUGGGCGGAAUCCAUUCCAAAGCUUCGGUGCCUGUAUUCUCUUGCGGGCAAUACGAAAAAAUCCAUCGAGCGCUUUGAGAGAGUUGCAAAUGGACGAUAUAGUCUUUGACAAGGAUUGCGCCCGAGAGCUUGAACUUGUGCUGGAAGGAAGGCCAUAUUUCACAUGUUCCUGGGAUAUCAGCAUAACGGGAGAGCGCAAAUCGGACGAGAUCAAGAAUACGACUGAUAUUUUUGAUGUCUACUUGGCUUUCGUUCGCACUCGAGGGCUACGCUUGAUCGAAUUGUUUAAGAUUUUAUCGAAAGACCGCGAUGGUGGCAAGCUCAGUAAAGAGGAUUUUGUAAGUGGAAUGAAGAAGUUAAAUGCGCCAUUUCAUGACAUGAAGUUAAGGGAACUGUUUGAUAGAAUGGACCUAAACGGUAGUGGUGUCAUCAAGUUUCAAGAUUUCGUUGUUUGUUCCCGUGGACGGUAUUCACAUUUAGGAAGACAUAUUUCAGCAGCAACUUAAAAAAACCCAAGAGGGCCCGUGUCAUCAUCAUCAUCAUCAUCACCACCACCACCGCCACCACUACCAUCAGCAUCAUCAUCAUCAUCAUCAGCGCCACCACCACCGACACCACCAUCAUCAUCAUCAUCAUUAUCAUCAUCACUAUUAUUAUCAUCAUCAUCAUCACCACCACCACCACCACCACCAUCAUCAUCAUCAUCUCCACUAUCAUCAUCAUCAUCAUCACCACCACCACCACCACCGCCACUAUCAUCAUCAUCAUCAUCAUCAUCAUCACCACCACCACCACCACCACCACCACCAUCAUCAUCAUCAUCAUCAUCAUCAUUACUGUUAUCAUGAUCAUAAUCUUCAUUAAGGUGUCUAAGCGUUCUAGCGCCACUUGGCACUAAUUAGGGACACCUAAAAUAUAAAACUAAUGAUAUCAAAAGGAAGAUGCAUAUCAAGGGAAUGUCUAAUUUCUGAACUUUUUGUUACAACCGUUCCCAAAAAUUCUUCUUACCAUGAUUUUAUUCCAGGAGAUCCGGUUGUCAAACCUCACGAGAGAGCUUGAAAAAAAUGGCACUUCAAUGUGUAACGGCCCUAAUUAUUUCCAUCUUGGUUAUCCCGGUAAAAACACCUCCCUGAUUAAAAUUUUCCUUGCAUUUGUUUGAACUGAGACUUUUAACAAAGAAAAAAUUGUAUAAUGUUCGCAAAGAAAAUCUACGUUUGUUUGAGAAACUUUUGUAUCAUGUUUACGGCCAUCAAAGUUUUUCUUCAAAGACCUAUUUCUUUGCCGUUGGUUUUUGUUGUUGUUAUUUUUUCUUUAUCAAUGACAGCACGAAUGUGACUUUUGUUUGAACUAUUUCCCAUCUCUUUACCACACUAACGACUUAUAUGUUAGCGUGAUUACAUAUAACUGUAGUUUGACGUGCACAUUUAGGCUGUGUCCACAUGAAUCCGAACAUUUUUGAAACCGUGUAUUUUUUAUCCGGAGUUGUUUGGACAGUUCACUCUAUACAAGUGCGCGGUCUGGAGGGAAGGCUUGGAACCGAGCGCGACAGCACAGGUGACGUCACAUUCCAAAUCGACGAGCACAACUGGAAUCGAGGCUGGGUUAGAGUAAAAGUUGAGUAAAAGGGUG